AUGGCUGGGCUUGUGCACUUGGCGCGAUUGUGCAGUAAACAACAGCAAAUAACAACAAAUAGGCGUUUCUCUUGCAUUGUUGGAAAAACUUGCAGCGUACUUAAAGCGCAUAGACAUCGUCAAUCGCCUGCACACUUGUUUUGCUCCAGUCGCUCUGUAGCCGACAGCGAUGAUGUUGCGAAAACGCAGAAGAAGAAAAUCACGCCAUUCACCCCUACGCCAGGGAACAAGCUACUUGGUGGUGUACUGGUGAAGAAAGUGCCCAAAGGUCCAGCAACAACAGCGCAGCGGCUUCCAUUACGAAAUUGUCAUGUUCAUUUAGGCGGCACUGAUGGGGGCAGUACUCUGGGGAAACUCGACGCGCCGGAGGUGACGUCACAAGAUAUGAUGCGUGCAAUGAUGCACUACAUCUGGCCAAAGGAGGAUGCGCUUGUGCGAAAACGUGUGGCUAUCUCCUUGAGUCUGCUGGUUGGCUCCAAAUUGAUGACGGUUUGUGUGCCGUUUCUGUUUAAAGGUGCCGUCGACACGCUGAAUACGAUGAAUACCUUGAAUAUGGAUACACCACCCGACACGGUGCUAUCCGUAGCCACUGCCAUGCUGCUUGGAUAUGGUGUUGCGCGUGCCAGCGCUGCUGCCUUCAAUGAGCUGCGAAACGCAGUCUUCGCCAAGGUGGCACAUCAUUCCAUACGGAAAAUUGCCACGAACGUGUUUUUGCAUUUGCACAAUUUGGAUUUGGCAUUCCAUUUGAAUAAGCAGACUGGCGCCUUAUCCAAGACCAUUGAUCGUGGCUCGCGUGGCAUAAACUUUGUGCUUAGCGCUAUGGUUUUUAAUAUUGUGCCAACAAUAUUCGAAUUGGCUUUGGUAUCCACCAUCUUGGGAACUAAGUGCGGUUUAGCAUUUGCCGGCGUGUCAAUGGGUUGUGUUGGCAUCUAUGCUACAUUCACGCUAGCUGUGACGCAAUGGCGCACUAAAUUUCGCAUCUACAUGAAUCAGGCCGAGAAUGAAGCGGGCAACAAAGCUGUCGAUUCACUGAUCAAUUACGAAACCGUCAAGUAUUUCAAUAAUGAGAAAUUCGAGGCUGGCCGAUAUAAUGAAGUGUUGAAGAAAUACGAGGUGGCUAGUUUGAAGACGAGUACCAGUUUGGCUAUGCUGAAUUUUGGACAAAAUGCUAUCUUCAGUUCAGCACUUAGUGUCAUCAUGUUGCUGGCUGCCAAUGAGAUAGCAAAGGGAAAUAUGACAGUGGGUGAUUUAGUGAUGGUUAAUGGCCUGCUAUUUCAGCUUUCCAUACCACUAGGUUUCCUAGGUAGCGUGUACCGAGAGGUACGCCAGGCGCUGCUUGACAUGCAGGCAAUGUUUACGUUAAUGAAUGUCGACACGCGUAUAGCCUCAGCACCGAAUGCACCCUACUUGGCGGUUGGCUGCGAGAAUGCAUCAAUUGAAUUCAAAAAUGUCAGUUUCGAGUAUGAGCCGGGCAAACCCAUCUUCAAAGAUAUGUCUUUCAGCAUACCAGCGGGCAAAACAAUUGCUUUCGUUGGUGGUUCUGGCUCGGGAAAAUCGUCGAUGGUGCGCCUACUCUUUCGUUUCUUCGAACCUAACGCGGGUAAGAUAUUCAUUAACGGACAAGACAUCAGCGAAGUGGAUUUGGACAGUUUGCGACGUGUCAUCGCUGUAGUACCGCAGGACUCAGUGCUCUUCCACGAUACCAUUCAACAUAAUAUACAUUACGGCAACUUAAACAAAUCGCAAGAGGAUGUGGAAAAUGCAGCCCGCAUGGCGGAUUUGCAUGACUCCAUUAUGAGUUGGCCCAAGCGAUAUGAAACCCAGGUGGGCGAACGUGGCUUAAAGCUAUCGGGCGGCGAGAAGCAGCGCGUGGCCAUUGCGCGUGCCAUACUGAAAAAUUCACCGAUUCUCAUAUUCGACGAGGCAACGAGCAGUCUGGACUCUAUAACCGAACAGCAUAUUUUGCAAGCCCUAUCACGCGCAACUCAGGGCCGCACUAGUAUAUGCAUAGCUCACCGGCUUUCCACCGUCAUGGAUGCCGAUGAGAUAUUCGUAUUGGAAAAUGGCCGAAUCGGCGAACGUGGCACACAUGCAGAGCUUUUGAAGAAGAAUGGCCUAUAUGCGCGUCUAUGGGAGGCGCAAACGCAACAAUUCUGACCAGAAACAUCUGAUCCGCGACUGCCUUUUGGUUGUUUAAAUGUCAUGUAAUUUUAUUGUUGUUGAUUUACAGAGAGGCUAUUUAAUGAUUCAUUGUCAGUAUGUAGUUAUGUAUGUUUAAGCAUCAAACUUAGAGAAAACCACAACAAUGGGCCGUAUGAAUGAAAACAAAGCAAUUGCUCUUUCUUAAAAUUUCAGACCUUUUUUAACCGACUUCCAAAAAAAUUAGGAGGUUAUCAGUUCGCCGGAAUAUUUUUUUUUUUUAAUUUAUUUCAAUAAAUCGAGUAAUCUGAAAUUUCAAGAAAACACAAUUGCUUACAGUUUUUAUUCAUGCGGAUAUCAUAAACACUAACAAAUGCACACAUCAACUAACUAACCUAUACCCAUUGCCGUGUAUGUAUUUGUAGUCAACUUAAAGUCGACUUUAAAAUUAUUGGGGCAUAUUCUUGUCUACGUACGAAUCGAAAAUCAUGAAAAUUUCUUUUCAUUUCCUAUACAAAUAUUUCAAAUUUUCGAUUCGUACCAAAACAUGAAUACGCCUCAUUAAGAAAUUUUUGAAUUGCUUCUGAGUUAAAAAUUCGUUUCAAAAGCUUUUGCCAUUUCAACUGGCGGCAAUUGUGUAUAGGCAUGAAACCUUGUUAAUAAACACACACACACACACACACAUGAUUUGUAUUGUACUGCUGUCGUUUUAAGGUGAAAAGUCGCAGGCAGUUGCAAAUAGAUAGACACUAAUGAGAGAUGCUGUAUCACCACCCGGUCUAAACAAUGAUUUGUUAAUAAGAUUCCUGUGAGAGUGCCAGCCCAGUGCUGUAUUGUAAAUAGAGAAAUACAAAAAAUAUAUAAAAAAGCUUAAAAACAAUA